CCGCUGGCCUUAUUUUCACGUCUACAAGGUCGCGCAUCGCGGUGCAGACGACGAUGACCGCCGGAUCGCUCGACUCCAUCAGCUGACUGCGAUGCUGAAGCUCGCUACGGGCGUGCUCUUAGAAACGGUAGCGAAUUCGUCGCAUCGCGCAACUCCACCAGCGUCGAGUGUGGCGCUACUACGAUCGCAUACCUGCCGCCGCCGCCGCCACGCGAGGUGUCGGCAACUCUCCAGCGACUCUCGCAACAACGUCGACCCGCCAACGACGCAAACGACGACGGCAAACAAUGAAGGAGCGACUUCCCGAUGCGAAUCGAGCAGCGAAAGCCGCAAGAACGACGGCUCAGCACCGAAGGAGCCCCCGGUACCGCCCGGAAAGGAAGAGUGCUGCGGCAGCGGGUGUUCGAAUUGCGUGUGGCUGGUGUACGCCGAAGACUUGGUCGACUACUACAGGGACGGAGGCGCCCGAGCGGCCGAGGAGGUCGCCAAGAUACCAGACCCCAACGUGCGCCAGUUCGUCAAAACCGAGCUGGACUACAUACUGAAAAGCGAGAAGUGAAUCAUUAAGACGGGAAGUAAUCAUUAAGAAGUGUAUGAUUACCGCGGUCGUGACGUAGCGGAAACUGGACGUCGAUAUAGAAAGGCGCGUUCGAUCUAUUAUAAUUAAAUUCUGGGAGGUUUUACGUGCCACGAACCACGAUAGAGGCACGGCCAACUCGUUAGAAACGUUGUUCUGCGCCCGACUGGAGAUCACGCAUUGCCGGAUUUCAUUAAACGGGUGCCACAACGUAGCUUCCCACGUUCCAGUCGGCCGGUGGGCUGGCAAGAUACAAGAACUGCAAAUACUACUUGAUUAGGCGAAAUAAUGAAUGAAUGUACACCUUUGUGUUCUUCAAAAGCUUUCAAAUAUUACAUCAAUGUUACAUGACAAGGACAUUUUUCAAAUUUUGAUUCACUUGUGUGAGACCAAUCGAAUCAAAAACUGUAUCAGAAAGUGAAUAGUCAGCCCAAGCAAUGUUCUGAAGUUGCACUAAAAGCAACUGAAGAAAUGGAUACAUAUGAACACACACAUAUGUAU